AUGCACUCUUUGGCUUCAGCCACUCCGACAGCCUCUAGUAUCAGCUCCUCAUCCCUUGUUUCUGCAGUGGAUGUUUCCUCUUCUUCCCUGACCAUGUCUGAAAAUUUCCAAAAUCCAUCUUUACUUGGAACUCCAAACUCUCUGCAGCUCUCCCUCCCUGUGGUGAGCAAUGCAGCUUCCCUGACAGGAAGUGUCUGCAACUUCUCCAGAGUUUCUGCUCCAGCGGUCAGUUCAGCAUGGCUACUGCCAUCAGCUUCUGGCACCUCCUUCCAGCCACUCAUGGGUAGUGCCUACCUUUACCAACAUUCCAGUACAACUGUGCUGUCUGGAGUAACUGGCCAGAGCCAGAUCUCCACGUCAGCUGCUUCCUAUCCUGGGAUUUUUGAGUGGGAUAUCACAGGAAGUACUGAAAAGAAGUCAUCUUCCCUUGGAGACUUCACUGUGACUGUCAUUGACCAGGACACAGCUGUGUCUUCCAUGUCUAUGGCAGCCCCGUAUGAUAAAACUUCAGAGGCCAAUAACGUGGUCCCUCUGUAUCCAUCGCUUUCUGCCAGACUUGUUCAGGGAGCACCAUCUCAGAUUCCAAGUCAAGGACGUAGCCUAUCACUUCCUUACCAGGAAGGAAGCCAGGUGUAUUACUAUAAUCAAGGCACGCUUGGGCCUCUACUGUCUGGAGAGCUUGGCCCCUGCCUGCAGUCCUAUGGCUCUGUGUCAUACACGGGAGGUAGGGCCUCUGCCCCUCAACCAGAAAUGGUGAUGGUGCUAAAGGAGGUUCAGCCCACAAACGUCCUACCGCUAGCCUCCACCUCUGGAAUCUACUACUCUGUGUCUGCUCAACCCAUCACAGAGGCAAGUUUUCAAGUGAUGGAGACUUCCCUGGGGAUGGAGACUUCCCUGGGAUUGCAACCUCCAAGUCAGACAUUUUGUCUGCCACAAACUCCAGAAUUCCCCAAGUCCUGCAGUAGCAGAAAUAUCCAGAUACUUGAAAGUAACCCACCACCUGAGCUUGGUGACAUCUCAAUGAUAGCUCCAAUCCAGAGUUCUAGUAAUGUCCUGGCACUGCCUCCAGCUCCAAGCCAAGAACAAAUAGAGAAUAAGAAUUUGGAUGAUAUUAAAACCAAGCUUUCAAAGCCUCUGGAUGCCUUCCAGAUCCCACUAGAAAACCAAGAUUCUCCACUCCUUCCUUUAGAAAUUCCUGAUAUUCACCAGCUCCUGGCCUGCAUUGAUCCCCUCGGCCAGGAGGAGCAGCCUGGUUCUGAAAACACCGAUCUGGGAAAAAAUACCCUGAGUCUUGAAGACCAAGCGACCCUUGAAAAUGGGAUUGAAUCUAGUGGUGGUUUUGCAGACAUCGCUACACUGGUGGAGGACAUUCACCUUCCCCAGCUCUUUAAUUCCUUGAAAGACCUUGAUCAAUCCAAAGGUCCCAAGGUGAUCAAAGCCAAAGAUACCAGAGUCACCAAGUUGAAUCAGGUGCAAGAAAAGUCAAGUGUCAUAAAGGCUCCCUCUGAUCAGGUCAGGAAGAACAAACAUAAAGCCACUGAGCCUAUCAACAGUGCUCCCAAGACCAAAAUCCAGGCAAAGAACCCAGAGUGCCUGUUAGGGGGAGAAGUGAUUAUCUGCAGUGCUGCAGACAGUGACAGGCCUCCUGCGAACACAGCCAAACAUCCCAACAGCAAAUCUCAGAAAGCUGCAUCCAGCAGGAACAGCAAAACUAAGAGCCAUGGGCAGGAAAAGACCAAAAGGACCAGAGAAAAAAAACCCAAGAAAGCUGAAGAGAGUAAGCAGUCAGGGAACAAAGUCAAGGCAGAAGAGAAGCCAACCAUUCCCAAGAUGAAGCGGAAGAAAAAUCAACCCGAGUUUAGCCAAGAGACCUUUAAGAAGCCUCGAAGCUGCCUAGGCAUGCACAUGUUGGAGUCUGUGCAGGUUUUUCAUGCACUGGGGAAGAAGAGUGAUAAGAAAACGGGACUGUCUUCCUCCCGGGCCCUGGUAAACUCCAGCAAACUGAGAGAUGCCCAGCCAUCCCCAGCUAUCAAACCAUGGCUUGAUACCCCACGUGAGGGUAAACGGCCUGAGAAAAAUCAAGUCACAGCCCAGAAACAAGACAGAGGUGCUGACAGUGAGUGUCCGUCUCCAUCCCAGUAUGAGCUGCCACCUCCUGGGAAGGUCAAGUUGGUGCCUUUGCCUUUUCUAACCUCGGAGAGGCCUCAAGCUCGACUUGUUCCUCGGAGGCCACGGUUUCUGGCCUCACAUAGCUCUGCCGUGGCUUACCCUGCCCGGCCUGGUUCUACUAGCUCAGGUCCACCUGUUGCAGUCAAUUCAUCCCGGCCGACUCCUGCCUCCUUCACAGGUCCUGCCAGACCAACUCGGCCAAUUUCAACCAAUCCGACCCGACCGGGUUUGGCCAACCCUACCCGGCCUAGUGUCCCGCAGUCCGCUUCCUCUAGGCCUGCACCCUACAAAACAUCAUCUUGCACAUCUCUCCAGCGGGAGCCGGUUCCCACUGCUGUGACCAAGCCCCAGUCCCCACCCAAACCUCAAACCCAAUUUCUACUCCAAGACUUCAGCUGUCAACCAAUCCCAUGGAGGAAACCCAAUGUUCCUGAGCCAGUAAUGUCCAAGCCCAUCACAAAAGAGCAGAUGCCAGAGCGGGAGGCCAUGAAGAGGCAGGCUCAGCAAGAGCGCGAGAACACUGCCAAAUACACCUCUUUGGGUAAAGUGCAGUUUUUCAUUGAGCGGGAAAGAGAAAUGGAAAUUUCUCAAUACUAUGGCUAUGCAAUAUAA